AUGCCCAGAGAUCCAUUAAUUGGUAUUGUUGGUAAACCUUCCAGUGGUAAAUCUACCAUGUUGAACUCUUUAACAGAUGCUAAUGCUGCAGUGGGUGCAUUCCCCUUUUGUACCAUUGAUCCUAAUCAAGCCACAGGGUACCUGGAGGUGGAUUGUGCAUGUUCUCGAUUCAAAGACACCGAGGAUAAAGGUGAAAAGAUGAUGUCACUUUGUAAACCGAAUUACGGUUGGUGUGAUCAUGGUAAGAGGCAUAUUCCGAUCAUGUUACUUGAUGUAGCUGGGUUAGUUCCUGGAGCACAUUCAGGUAGAGGAUUAGGGAAUAAAUUUUUGGAUGAUUUGAGACAUGCAGAUGCUUUAAUUCAUGUGGUAGAUGUUAGUGGUACUACUGAUUCAGAGGGGAAGAAUACUAGAGGUUAUGAUCCGUUGUAUGAUAUUGAAUGGUUACAAGAUGAAAUUAGGUUAUGGAUAGAGGGGAAUUUGAAGAAAAGAUGGGGGUCUAUUGUUAGAAGACAUACGGCGACGAAAUCUAGUAUUGUUGAUACUUUACAAACUCAAUUUGGUGGGUAUGGUUCCCUUGCACCAAUGGUUCAAAGAGCCCUAGCUACUUUGAAAGGGUUGCCCCCAUUAGAAUCAUGGGACGAUGAAUGGAUUACUAAAGUGGUGAAAGCAUUCAUGAUGGAGAAAUUCCCUACUGUGUUAGCAUUAAAUAAAAUGGAUCAUCCUGAUGCAGAUAAAAAUGUUUCAAAGAUUAUGUUAAAAUAUCCAAACACAAAGGCAGUACUGACAAGUGCCAUUACAGAAGUUUUCCUAAGGAAAUUGAAGAAACAGGGGUUUAUAAAAUAUGAAGAAGGUACAGAAUUUAUAGAUACAUAUGAAGAUGAUCCAGAAAAUUUGAAACCGUUGGACGAGAAAUUGUUGAAUAGAAUUGAAAAUAUUAGGGAUUUAGUUCUUUAUCGAUUUGGGUCUACUGGUGUGGUACAAGUGUUGCAAGCAGCAGCUGGCGUAUUAGAUUUAAUUCCCGUGUAUACGGUUAAGAAUAUACAAACGUUCACUGGUGGUAAUGGUACCAAUGUGUUUAGAGAUUGUUUCUUAGUGAAAAAAGGUACUACUGUUGGUAAAGUGGCACGUUAUAUUAUGGGAGGUGAAGUAACAGUUGCGGCCAUUGAAACUGUUGGUGGGGUUCGUGUCAGUGAAGAAAGUGAAGUGUUGCCGGGGAAGAAUGAUAUUUUGUCAUUUAAAUUAGCACCAAAAAGUACAGCCGCGUAG